ACUAGCGUCAAAAAGACGACCGAAUCGAUUUAGUCUAUGGCUUCCGUGAUCCUUUAUUUUUAUUUUUUAUUAUUUAGGGGAAAAUGUAUCCCGUCCGUGAUCUGACCGAAGAUAUUGUCAAAACUUUGCAGAAAUCAAUCGAAAAGCUCAAAUGGCUGCACAUGUGGAGGGAAAGUCAUCAACCCGAUAAAGAUCUCCCGCCCUCUCUCUCUCUCUAAUUGUCUCUGUCUGGUCCUGCCAAUGGCUGCGUUGCCGGAGGAGCUGCUGCCGUACAGAAUACUGGCGGCGGCGGAGAGCGACACGGCCCCCGCCAGCUCCUCCUCCUCCGACCCCACGGAUGCAGUCAUCUUCGUCGGGAUAUGCCUGGUGCUGGGAAUCGCCUGCAGGCAGCUUCUCCGCGGCACUAGAGUCCCCUACACCGUCGCCCUCCUCAUUCUCGGCAUUGCUCUUGGAUCCAUAGAAUAUGGUACUCACCAUCAUCUGGGAAAAAUAGGGGAUGGUAUUCGUAUCUGGGCAGGAAUUAAUCCUGACCUACUACUGGCGGUUUUUCUUCCUGCUCUUCUCUUUGAGAGUUCAUUUGCAAUGGAAGUGCACCAAAUAAAGAGAUGUAUUGCACAAAUGAUCUUACUUGCAGGUCCUGGUGUAUUGAUUUCGACUCUCUGUCUAGGAACUGCUCUGAAGCUUACUUUCCCAUACAAGUGGAAUUGGAAAACCUCAUUAUUGCUUGGAGGACUUCUGAGUGCUACCGAUCCAGUGGCUGUUGUCGCUCUCUUGAAAGAGCUAGGUGCAAGCAAAAAGUUGAGUACGAUAAUUGAGGGGGAGUCCUUGAUGAAUGAUGGGACAGCAAUUGUGGUUUUUCAGUUAUUUGCCAAGAUGGUCCUCGGUGAGAGCUUCAAUUGGGAAGCCAUAUUAAAGUUCUUGGCACAAGUCUCGCUUGGGGCUGUAGGAUUUGGACUUGCUUUUGGAAUAGCAUCAGUCUUGUGGCUCGGUUUUAUUUUCAAUGACACAGUCAUAGAAAUUACUUUGACACUAGCUGUGAGCUAUAUUGCUUACUUCACUGCUCAAGAAGGGGCUGAUGUGUCUGGUGUUUUGACUGUGAUGACUUUAGGAAUGUUCUAUGCUGCAGUUGCAAAAACGGCCUUUAAGGGUGAAACUCAACAAAGCUUGCAUCACUUUUGGGAAAUGGUCGCUUACAUUGCUAAUACAUUGAUAUUCAUUCUGAGUGGAGUAGUUAUUGCUGAAGGUGUUCUCAGCCAUGGUGACGUCCUCACUCGGGGAUCUUCGUGGGCAUACCUCAUUCUUCUUUAUGUUCUCGUCCAAGCAUCUCGUCUCAUUGUUGUUUCAGUACUUUUUCCCUUGCUUCGCUACUUUGGCUAUGGUUUGGAUUGGAAAGAAGCAACAAUUCUAACAUGGUCGGGAUUGCGAGGGGCUGUUGCUUUGUCUCUCUCAUUAUCAGUCAAGCGCUCCAGCGACAGCUCAACGUCCCUCAGCUCUGACACAGGCACUCUGUUUGUCUUCUUCACCGGUGGAAUCGUCUUCUUGACACUGAUCAUAAAUGGCUCAACCACGCAGUUUGUUUUGCACCUUCUAAAUAUGGAUAAGCUAUCGGCAGCUAAGAGGCGAAUAUUGGAGUUCACAAAAUAUGAAAUGCUGAAUAAGGCCCUUGAGGCUUUUAGUGAUCUUGGAGAUGAUGAAGAACUUGGACCUGCUGACUGGCCAACAGUGAAAAGGUAUAUCACGAGCCUUAGUAAUUUGGAAGGAGAACGUGUGCAUCCUCACACUUCAGAUGAAACUGAUGGGAGUCUCGACCAUAUGAAUUUGAAAGACAUACGAAUACGAUUGUUAAAUGGUGUCCAAGCUGCUUACUGGGAAAUGCUUGAUGAAGGAAGAGUUGCACAAAGUACUGCAAACAUUUUGAUGCAGUCUGUGGAUGAAGCCAUUGACUUGGUCUCCCAUGAACCUUUAUGUGAUUGGAAAGGUUUAAAAGAUAAUGUUAAUUUCCCGAGUUAUUAUAAGUUCCUGCAAUCUGGCAUUUUCCCACGAAAAUUGGUGACAUAUUUCACUGUGGAGAGGUUGGAGACUGCAUGUACUAUCUGUGCUGCAUUUCUUCGUGCCCACAGAAUAGCACGCUCUCAGCUCAAUGACUUUAUAGGUGAUAGUGAUGUCGCCUCUAUAGUGAUCAAUGAAAGUGAGGCAGAAGGAGAAGAAGCAAGGAAAUUUCUGGAAGAUGUUCGUCUGACAUUCCCACAGGUUCUUCGUGUAGUUAAAACAAGGCAGGUUACUUAUUCAGUGCUAAACCACUUAAUCAGUUAUGUACAAAAUCUUGAGAAAGUUGGGAUACUAGAAGAAAAGGAAAUGAUUCAUCUUCAUGACGCUGUCCAGACUGACUUGAAGAAGCUACUAAGGAACCCCCCUUUAGUUAAGAUCCCCAAAAUAAGCGAUUUGAUUAGUAUACAUCCAUUGCUGGGGGCCCUUCCAUCUACUGUUCGUGAACCACUUGUAGGUUCCACCAAAGAGAUAAUGAAACCACGGGGUCUGACGCUUUACAAGGAAGGAUCCAAGCCAAGCGGUUUUUGGCUUAUUUCAAACGGAGUUGUCAAGUGGACGAGCAAGUGUAUAAGAAAUAAGCACUCUCUGCACCCGACCUUUACCCAUGGCAGUACUUUGGGCCUGUAUGAAGUGCUAAGUGGAAAGCCCUAUAUCUGUAACAUGGUCACUGAUUCUGUUGUACUGUGCUUCUUUAUUGAGAGCGAGAAGAUACUGUCAAUGCUUAAAUCAGAUCCAUCAGUGGAAGAUUUCCUGUGGCAGGAGAGUGCCAUUGUUCUUUCUAGACUCUUGCUCCCUCAGAUAUUCGAGAAGAUGUCUAUGCAAGAACUGAGAGCUCUUGUUGCGGAAAGAUCUACGAUGACCAUAUACCUCAGAGGAGAAACUAUUGAGACAACUCCACAUUGCAUUGGAUUCCUGUUAGAUGGAUUCAUCAAAGCCCAAGGAAUUCAGGAAGAACUUAUCACGUCACCAGCAGCUUUGUUGCCUUCUCAUUGCAAUUUCAGCUUCCGAAGCGCUGAAGCAUCAGGGGUUAGGACCGCGAGUUUCAUGCAUCAAGGAACAGCAUACUUAGUGGAAACUCGAGCAAGAGUCAUUGUCUUCGACGUUGCAGCAUUUGAAGCAGACAAUGUUCUCCAGAGAAGGUCUUCCUCGUUCAAACACCAGUCGGUUGAUCACCCUCUCAGAACCGUAAGCAGAGAGCACGGUGGUCUCAUGAGCUGGCCUGAGAAUUUCUACACGGCGAGGCAACAUAAACUGAAACACGAAGAAAGUAGGAACAAGCAAAUGAACUUGUCCGAGCGAGCAAUGCAGCUGAGCAUAUAUGGUAGCAUGGAGGAUGUGCGGUAUCGGGGCAGAAGCUUCAUCCGUAUCAAUCAGUCCAAGACUUCACACAGCUUGUCGUAUCCAAGUGUCCCAUCACAUCACGGUCGCACCCUUGUCUCUGUCAGGUCGGAAGGGUCUGCCACUGCAACUGCCACCUCCAGAACCAUGCCAAGUAGGACCAGCCUCGGCAUGAGGGAGUUUAGCCAGCAAGUCCUUCCUAGGCCCCAACCUCACAGUGCAGACAGGAGAGAGAUUUCCGCAGGCAAUGAUGAUUCGAGUGAUGAAUCAGGCGCCGAUGAGGUUAUAGUACGGAUUGAUUCACCCAGUCGACUCUCCUUCCGUCAGGCUUCUUGAAGUGGUCUGGUAUCCUGAACCCCGCUGGUUUAAAUUUUAUGAUCUGUUUUCUUUCGCGCUCUCAUUUAUGAUGUGCGCUUCUAUGAGUGUAAAAAUCAUCUGCAUUUUCUGCUGCUCUGCUUGUAUAAAAGAACUACCACCACAGAACCAUUGACGAAUCAAUAAGAAGAGAGCAUCGAGAAAAAUUCAAUGAAGCAUCGAUAACACUUGCAUUGCCAAAA